AUGCCACCGUCUGCUGUAGACCCAGGGCCGCCUGCUGCCAAUGGAGCCGGAACAAAUGGCUAUACCAACGGAACCAAUGGAGCCAAUGGAAUUGACUCAAUUGUGAUCACUGACUUCUAUACGAAGGACAUUCGCUUUCCAACCUCUCUUAAGGAUGAAGGAUCGGACGCCAUGAAUGGCGCCGUGGACUUUGCAAAUCCGUAUCUGGUCUUGAAGACAAAUUCGGACCUCGAAGGCCACGGAAUUACGUUCACGAUCGGCAGAGGAAAUGAGCUCAUCUGUAAGGCCAUCGAGAUGCUUGCACCUUUAUUGAUGGGCCGGUCCCUGGCUUCCCUUACCUCCAACAUGGGCAAGACCUGGAGAUAUCUGGUCUCAGACGGGCAAAUGCGAUGGGUAGGACCUGAGAAAGGCGUCGUCCAUUUGGCUCACUCUGCCAUCAUGAAUGCCAUAUGGGAUCUUUGGGCCAAAUCCCUGGGAAAGCCAAUCUGGCGUCUUGUUGCCGACUUGACACCAGAGGAGUUCGUAAAUUGUAUUGAUUUCCGAUACAUUACUGACGCUUUGACACCUGAAGAAGGUAUUGAGCUGCUUCGAAAAAAGCAAGAAGGCAAAGAAGAACGCUUGAAGGUAGUAGAGCAAAAUAAAGCGGUGCCGAUCUAUACAACUUCAUGCUCGUGGCUUGGCUAUUCCGACGACAAGAUGAAGGAGCUGCUGAUUCAAGCGAAAAAAGACGGCUUCCAUCACUACAAAAUCAAAGUCGGAGGCGACAUUGAGCGUGAUUUGCGCAGAAUGAAGCUCUUCCGAGAGGUGAACGGAUGGGACGACGUUCUCAUGCUUGACUCAAAUCAGAUCUGGUCAGUCAAUGAGGCUGAACCGUACUUGGCUCAACUCGCGGAGUACAAACCACUCUUCAUUGAGGAGCCGACUUCUCCAGAUGACAUUCUAGGGCAUGCCACGAUUAAGGAGCAGAUUCGCAAGCACAACAUCAAGGUCGCUAGUGGCGAGCAUUGCCAGAACCGUAUCAUGUUCAAACAAUUCAUGCAGGCCAAAGCGCUUGAUUAUGUGCAGACUGAUGCAUGCCGGCUUGGAGGGUUGAAUGAGGUGCUUGCAGUGCUUCUGCUAGCUGCUAAGUUCAAUAUACCCAUCCAUCCCCAUAUCGGUGGUGUCGGCCUACCAGAGUACACACAACACGUUGUGACAAUCGACUACCUCGUUGUAACUGGCAACACGACCGUGGUUGAGUACAUUGAUGCGCUCCAUGAACACUUUUAUAACCCAGCAGCCAUCAAGGACGGGUACCAUGUAACCCCAACGGCGCCAGGCUACAGUGUACACAUCAAACCUGAGAGUAUGGAGCAAUUCAGCUACCCUGGUGAGGGAAAGAGUUGGUGGAGGAGUGCCGAAGCGAAGCAACUACUUGAGCUAGAGCGAACCGUUGGCUGGCAACCUGCUUACGGAAAGCUUAACAACUUACAGGUUAAGGGAGAUGCAACGGCAUUCGCCAAUGAUGACGGUAAGACUUAG